AUGGUUCAGAAGCUGAAGCUACGUCGUUUUCCCACUCGUCAAGAAAUUGGAGGCGUUGGUAACACUCUCGUCGUAUCGCAUCACGCUGCGAAUGUUCGGAUAGGGUCACACUGCACCGAAUAUACUGUCGAAGAACCCUGUCAUAUACUGAAGAAGAUAACGCGUGAACUUCCGGUCAACACUAUCGAUUCUUCUUGCUGGAAUGUCCCGUCCGGAAUCACACUGGCCGAUCCUAACUUCCACCAACCGGGACCAAUAGAUCUCCUGUUAGGCAUGGAGCUUUAUUUCGAACUUCUCUUGGAAGGAAUAAUCAAAUUGGGACCGGAGAAACCGAUUCUACAAAACACCGUUUUUGGAUGGGUAGCAUCGGAAAGAAUAGGACUUCGUCAAUCUCGUAAUCAACCCAAGGUGGCUCACGUGUGCAGCACUGAACCACAUGAGGACCAAAUCUCUCGUUUCUGGGAGUUAGAGUCCUGCUGGUCACCCAGCACACGUUCACCGGAAGAAACCUUCUGCGAAAAACAUUUUACUACCAACACCUUUCGUGACGAGUCUGGUAGGUUUGUAGUCACUCUUCCUAAACAUAGCGACGUGGUUUCUCAACUGGGAAGCUCGAAGGAAAUAGCCACACGUAGGUUCAUCGCCCUUGAACGCCGUCUUGAUGCAAAUCCCAAACUCAAGGAGACGUACGCAGCGUUUAUUACGGAAUAUCUGCAGCUCAACCAUAUGCGAGAAAUUGAUGACACAGACAACGCUGCUCCGGUUUAUUAUCUCCCCCAUCAUGGCGUAGAAAAGGCUGACAGCACAACCACAAAACUGCGGGUAGUGUUCGAUGCAUCGUGUCGCAUUCGUCAGACGUUGAUGGUUGGCCCUGUGCUGCAGGAUGACAUACAUGCGAUAUCUCUUCGCUUUCGGAUGCACCGUUUCGCAAUCAUUGCCGAUGCCGAGAAAAUGUAUCGGCAGAUUCGGCUUCACCCCGUUGAUUACCCGCUGCAUCGUAUCUGCUGGCGUUCUUCUUCUUCGGAACCGCUCAAAACAUUUGAGCUCACCACCGUCACCUACGGCACCGCCUCAGCACCGUAUUUGGAAACUAGGUGUCUGCUGGAAUUAUCAAAUCAGGGAGCUGAGGCCUAUCCUUUAGCUGCGAAAGUCCUAUCGAAGGACUUUUAUAUGGACGAUAUGCUGACUGGGAUCGACGACGUAGAAGAAGGGCAAGAACUUUGCAACCAACUACGACAGUUGCUUCAAUCAGGCGGGUUCAACUUGCGAAAAUGGGCGUCUAAUUCGUCCACCAUUCUAUCUAUCAUACCACCCGAGCUACGAGAACAACGAGCAAUGUUAGCGCUGGAGUCUCCCUCGACCAUCAAAACCCUGGGGCUGAUAUGGGAACCCUCAACGGAUCUGUUGCACUAUUCCACUCCCAAGUGGUCACCAACGAACACCAUCACAAGGCGUACUGUAUUAUCUGAUACAGCCAGACUUUUCGACCCCCUUGGUCUCAUCGGGCCAGUGAUUGUUUUGGCAAAGGUAUUUGACCAGUCUCUUUGGCGGACAUCUGCAUCUUGGGACGAUCCUCUCGAUGAAACCCAACAACAUUAUUGGCUCUCAUUUCGUGACAGUCUAAACGCACUCUCGUCAAUUUCCAUACCUCGAUGGGCAGCACUCUCUAAUGCACCAGUCAUCGUGGAACUCCAUGGAUUCUGCGAUGCAUCGGAACGAGCGUACGGUAGCUGUCUGUAUAUUCGAACCGUUUCCCAAGAUGGGAGCAUCUCCGUGCGUUUGCUGACUGCGAAAUCCAGGGUGGCACCUCUCGGAGACUCCAAGAAGCAGAAAAAGGUCAGUCUUCCCAGGUUGGAGUUAUCGGCUGCUCUUCUUUUGAGCCACCUGUAUCACAAGGUGAACUCUGCCAUCGGACUAAACACUCGAGCGUUCUUCUGGUCGGACUCAACUAUAACGCUCCACUGGAUCAACUCGGUUCCGUCGAGAUGGAAAACUUUCGUGGCGAAUCGGGUGUCGGAAGUUCAACACCUAACAACCAACGGUGUCUGGGCUCACGUUUCGGGUAUGGAUAACCCAGCGGAUAUAAUUUCCCGUGGUAUGGAAGCGAACCAAUUGGAGGAGUCUUCGAUCUGGUGGACAGGACCAUCAUGGCUAAAACAACCCUCUCGGUUUUGGCCUCCAAUAAUCCAAAGCGAUCCACCUGAACUGCCCGUUGAAACCCUGGAAGAACGACCAGUAUCGUUACCGGUCAGAGUUCAUGAACCGAACGAAUUAUUUAGACUACGAUCAUCAUUCUCCUCCUUGGUCCGACUGACUGCUAUGCUUGGUCGAUUCAUUCACAACUCCAAACCGGAAAAUCGAUCCAAUCGAAAAUUUGGUUUUCUGCGUACAUCGGAGUUAGAACAAGCUCUAUCAAUAUUAGUGAAGCUGGCACAGUAUGAAAUCGACACCGUAUCUAGUGCAGGUCAAGUAAAUUCGAAGUCUGCUCUGAAGAAUCUCUGCCCAAUUUUGAAAGACGGAAUAUUGCGGGUUGGUGGCCGACUGCGGAACGCGACAAUAUCAGAGGAUAGGAAACAUCCAAUGAUCCUCCCUGCAAGACAUCCACUAACAAAAAGCAUAAUGUCUCACUAUCAUCUGAAACAUAUGCAUGCCGGACCACAACUGCUUGUGGCAUGCGUCCGGGAGAAGUUUUGGCCACUUCGCAUCCGUAACCUGGCACGGCAUACGGUCCACUCGUGCAUCAGUUGCUUCCGUUGUAGACCAUCGGUUGUGGAGCAGAUUAUGGGAGAUUUGCCCGCCGAAAGAGUAACGCCAACUUUGCCGUUCCUGAACACCGGUGUGGAUCUGUGCGGACCGUUCAAGUUCCGUAAACUUCGCAAAAGCCCACCUACCAAAUGUUAUGUGGCAAUUUUCGUCUGCCUUGUCACAAAGGCUAUACACAUUGAGCUGGUCUACGAUCUGUCAACAGCCGCUUUCAUAGCUGCACUUCAUCGGUUCAUAGCUCGGAGAGGGAAGCCACAUGUCAUCCACUGCGACAAUGCACGAAACUUCAAGGGAGCCGUUCGAGAACUGGCAGAGCUGCGAAGCCAAUUCUAUUCACAGCAACACGAAGCGGCCGUUGUCAACCGUUGUGCGAACGACGGUAUUGAAUUCAAAUUUAUACCGCCCCGCAGUCCCAACUUUAGUGGGCUGUGGGAAGCAGCGACGAGUUCGUUACACUGUUGUCCCGUAUCGAACUCCAGACCACUUACGCCUCUCACCGCGGACCCAAACGAUCUGGAAGUAUUGACUCCGGGUCACUUUCUUGUUCACCGUCCGCUCAUUUCCUUUCCCGAACCUAAUUUAUGCGAGGUACCUCGGAAUCGCCUCGACCGGUGGCAGGAAAACCAGGAGCUUCUCCGUCGAGUAUGGAAACGGUGGUCAACGGACUAUCUUUCGGGGCUUCAUCCACGCACCAAGUGGACACAGGCUCGAGACAAUAUUGCUGUUGGCACCAUAGUCCUCCUCAAGGAAGAAAACCUUCCUCCGCUCAAGUGGAGAUACGGCAGAAUCACCAACAUCUUCCGGGGGGAGGACAAUAACAUCCGAGUAGUCAGCGUGAAAACGGCUGAGGGAGAGUUUCGCCGGGCCAUCUCCAAGGUUUGUGUGCUGCCUCUGAAUCACGAAUCAACCCUGCCGACCGAUGGGAAUAACCGGCAAAUCGAUGAUCACUAA